AUGAUUAAGACUAUAGAGAUUUUGAUAAUGUAUUUAUUUUUUAUUCAUUUCAUUUAGUUUCAACAAAGAAAGCAUUAAAUAAUCUAUGAUUUAAGAGGAUCUGUAUGAUAAAUUCAUAUAUUAAGUAUUUGAGAAGUUUGUUGAUAUGAAUUAGAAUUUUUUGCUUUAUAAAUGAUUUUAUUUAUAUAUUGAAUUACAAAUAAAAAAAAUUAGCAGCUUCAGGGAUGGAUAAUGGAUAAAUAAUUAACUUUUAAGAUUUCAAUGAGAUUGAAUGUGAUAAAGAAUAUAUGGCUUUUACUUUUAGCAACAACAAUAAAAAGCUCAAGAAUUAUGAAAAAGCUUUAGAAAAAUUCAAAUCUUCCAUUUAAUAAGGCUUUUUUUAUAUCAAUAGCAAUUUUGAUUUUUUCAAUCUAACUACUUCAUAUGAUGGCAUCCUAAUUGAUGAUUAAAAUAAUAAGAUUGAGGUUAUUGAUGAGUCUAUCAUUGGCACCUAAUUAGUUUUAAAAAAAGAUAAAACUCAAUUAUUGAAUGAUAGAAAAAGACAUUUAAUCAAUAUUGACCCUUAUUCAUAUAAAGUGGGUGUAAGGAUAGAAGAAAAGAUUCCAGAUAAAAAUAGUCAUUUGAAUAAAAUUGAUUAAUUAAUUAAAGAAGAAAAGAAUAAGACAAAGAAAAAAAAUUUACAAAAAAAAUAAUGAA